AUAAAUGGCAUGAAAUGAAAAAUCAAGUAUAUUUUUUCAGAAGAAAAAGGCAGGAUUCAAAUUUUAACAGUGAAAGAAGAAGAGAAAGAUCCAAUAACCAUUUCAAAUGUGAGACGUGUGUAUCAUAUUUCAAAUGAUACAAAAUCAGGCAUUUUUUGGAUAAGUGAUGGAGGACGUCUAAUGAAGAUAGAUAAGCAGGGAUAUUUAAUUCAAGUUGUAGAUGUUGGUCAGUUUAAUACAGGUUGUCAUUCUGUAAACAACAAAGGAGAAUUGUUGUAUUUAAAAAUGGAAAAGGUAAUAAAUUGUAAUGUAAAUGAAGAAAAUUUUAUUGACAUAUCGAAAACGACAGCGAGCUGUACAGGCAAGUGGGUUGCAUGGUGUAUUUACUGUUCCAAAAUCAACGACGAAAUUUUGAUAGGUUUGCACAAUGAAGAGGCUAAAGGAAAUGUACACAGAUAUGACCAACAUGGCAAAUUUAAAGAAGAAAUUGAUGGAGAGAACUCAUUGUGUAAACCUCUCUAUAUGACUGAAAACUACAAUGGGGAUAUCAUUGUAUCUGAUGCAGGAAAACGAGCUGUAAUAGGAGUUAAAAAAGACAAAGAAAUAUUUCAAUAUAAAAGAAAAUCGGCUUGGAAAAUUUUCCCGACAGGUGUUUGUACUGAUAAAAGUGGCUGUAUUCUUGUGUGCAUUUAUGAAGACAAUGAAUCAAAUAUUCAUCUCCUGAGUAAAAAUGGAGAGUUUUUGAAAAAAAUGUUGCGAAAAGAAGAUUGUGCUUUCGGACCAUGUGCAAUUUGUAUUGUUGACGACCUUUUAUAUCUUGGACAGGAAUCAUGCCAGGAUAUUCAGGUUUAUGAAAUUAAUCGUGAAUCAAACUAAGAGUUUUCUGUAUAACAAUAGUAUAGAAAUUCAAAGAGGCCGUAAAUUUGAAAACAUUCUCAAUGAAGAUUAUAUGACAUAUUCCGUACGAUUGCGUAAAUAAAAUAAUGAUUAAGUAGUUAAAUGGCAGAACAAUAUGAUACAAAAACAGCCAUAUGAAACAUUGAAGACAUGCGCA